AUGAGGCACAUCAGGUCUCCUCCGUGGGCAUCUCAGUCUCUCACAGACCAAUCACUGCCUAGCUGGGGUCCCCAAGACCCCUACUCAUGCCCAGGGAUUGGCCAGCUACCCCGGCCCCCUCUGAACACUGGAGCCACAGCCCUCUACCCUAAAAUGCCUGUAAAACACCCGAGAUCUCUGCGGUUCUUGCCCCGGGGUGUUCGUCCAGGCCUGGACCACCGGGAGCAGAAGAGGCUGAAGCUUGAAGCAAAUGUUAGCGGGUCCCUAUUGCAGGUCAGCGCCAGGGCAGGGGAAUUUCGGCUAAAUAAGAACAUCCUGGGACAGUGGAUGGUGGUUCGUCGUUUAAAAACAAACCAUAAAAAAGGGACCCUUCGGAAAAUCGUUUGGGUAAACAGCCAAGCUUCCAGGCUUAACGCCCGGCUCCCGCCCCCGCCCCUCCGCCCCCUCCCGCCUCCCCCACUCCCCUUCAACCCCACCCGCCACCCACACUCCGCUCCGCAGCCGGGCCCCGAGCGAGCUCCGCGCGCCCGGGCGGGAGCCGAGGGCUCCCCGGGUUCAAAGGGCCGCAGCCCCGAGGGAAUGCCCUCCUCGCUGUGCCCCGGGGGGCAGAAGCGGACUGCAGGGCGGUGGGACCGGCCUGGGCCACGAUGGUGUUCAAUGACAAAAGCCAAAUUAUUUGCAGAACUCCAGGACAUGCAUCUUUCUGCUGAGAAAACCAGUCAUUAUCAAAACCAACAGAAUUUGAAACAGUAUCUACAAUGUAAGCUCCAGGCGGAGAAUCCUGGAGGUGAGAUGUGGCUUAUGGGUCACUGGCUUCUUCCAUCUGGACUGGCUGAUGGCCACAGCUACCUUCUAUCGUUCGCAUUUUCCGGAAGUACUUCUCCAACUUUGGUGUGCAUGAGAAUCACCUGGAGAGCUGUUAGAUCACAAACUUCUGGGUUCCACAAGUUCAGUACAUUUGGUUGGUUGACAAAGAGGGAGAGCUUUGUGGUAGAUGAUUCCAGAGGAAGAAGAAAGAAAAUGAACCAUGGGAGAGAAACAAGGAUCAUGGCGUGCGAAUUUGCAAAAAUAGACGAGGUUGGGGCUGCAGUCCUGGAUUAUGGAACCAGGUGAAAUGGAAAUUUGGACAGCCAUCACCAAAAGUCUGACCUCAGCAGUAACACUAACUUCUCCACUGAAAAAUGAACUCUAGAGUCAACAGCACUCUGCCCUUUUCUUUGGGAGUCAAAGUCCUUUCUCCAAGGACAAUCCAAUGUUUGGAACACCAAAAGGCACAGAUUCUGUGUGACUUUCCCACUUUUUGGGAUGACUGUCAGUUUUCUUGGUGACAAAUGUAUUUGUGGGGUGGUUUAGGGAUUCUACAAUUUCAGAGUGGGAAGAGCUUUUGGAGAAUGUCCAAUCUCGCUGCCUUUCAAAUGCUGAGGUAAUAUGCACAACAUGAAUGCCAAGACAUUUUAUGGGCGGAGAUGAAAGGUUUCCAGUGUCAAUACAUUUCUGUGUACAGUCCAGUAGACAUUGUCUCUGAGGACCACCAACUCCCCUUUCCAGGUUCCCUUUCCCUCUCUGACACACUAAGCAACGCGCUCUUGUUCUUUGGCUCUGCUGAGUCAUCUAAGUAAAAGAUAAGAGUAUCCACUGUUACCAUUUUGGAGAUUUUAUACAUUUUAAUUAGGGCUUUCAUAUCCCAGAGCGUUCAUUUUCUCAUCUGUCAAAUGGAGCUAAUAUCGCCUACAAUGAAGAGCUGUUGAAACAAUUGGAAUAAAUAAAAAAUGUCCA